CGUAAAUCGAAAACUAUGUCUUUGGCUGAUGAACUCCUCGCCGAUCUUGACAAUGCUGAGCCCGCCGAGGACGAAGAGGAGAAUUCAUUUAUUACAGCCAUAGAGGCGGAUGAAGUGAAAACUGAUUCAGAGAUCAACCAAAAUUUUCCUUCGAAGAUUGAUCUUAAGGAAGAUCUGAGCAGCCUCCUUAAGCCACACAAAUUGCUCAAUGCUCUGAUACCAACUGCUCCGAUAAGCAAGUUUGCGAAGUUGAGAGAUAGUGAAAAACUUACCACUGUGAUGCAGCAGAUAGACGUAUUCUCAAAGCAGCCAAAACGAGAGUCCGUCUCCGGGCCAGUUGAGGCCGACCCAGAGUAUCUUUGUAUCGUGCAGGCAAAUGACUUAAUAGUUGAAAUUGACAACGAAAUAAACAUCAUUCACAAGUAUACACGUGAUAUUUAUCAACACCGGUUUCCCGAACUGGAAUCUCUCGUCUCUCAGCCGAUGGACUAUAUGAAAAUCGUGUUGGUGAGUUAG